CAGUAAACAGGUUUGAGAUCGGAAACGUUUGAGCUGAGGCUCAGGCUCGGUUCUCCAGGUAUAAUUUCAAUUUGUUUUAAAAAUGGAAAACGCUGGUAGCCCGCCUCCGAGAUGUCCUUGCGGAUUCUGGGGGUAGGAUUGUGUUUAAUAUAUGUGUUGCCAUUUUGACCUUCUCAAUAAGCUUUUUACGAUCGGGGAAAAUUUUGAAAGUUUAGUGCGACUUGAUUAACACGAGAAAAAUGCCUUUUAUUUCCCAUUUCCAGCUCUCCACAGACCUUGAAUUUGUGUUCAAAGUGUUUCAAGGACGGUGAGUUAACUAACAUCGUUUGUGCUUCUCUAUCAGGCGUUAAAUUUUAUAAUGGACACAACAUUGCGAAGGUCACGCAUAUACCAGUCUAACGUACGGCAGUUUUUCAUUUCUUUGAAUGCAUUUCUCCUCUGUUUCUAGAAUUACAAAGAAAGGAGAAAGUAGAAGAGAACAAUGCCUCCGUUCCAUCGACUAUACCUAAACUGCAAACUUCUGGUCGAAAUGAAUCGAAACAGGAUCUUGGAAAGGUGAUCUCGAGAGAACAACUAGUCAACCGCGAAGUCCAAGGUGACACGAACGAUUCAAAGUGUAGGAAAACAGAAACUGAACAAGCAGCUCAGGGAAACAACUCUCUAGACUUAGAAACAAGCAAGCAAGAAAAGGGAUCGAAAAAUGAAGUCCUAGGAAAAGAUAUAUCUACACAGAAAAAGCGAAAACGCUGCUGGACGUGCAAGGCCAAACUUGAACUUGCUCAGCGAGAACUGGGCAAUUGUAGAUGUGGUAAGUACACCAAACGAUCGCCCUUUAUGUAGUGUACAUGUAUGAUGUCAUUGCGUGCGUCCUCGCUCAAACGAAAUUUGGUGCCACUUUUCGUAAGAAAUCAUGAAAUCAUCGUGGAUACAAUAAUCUUUCUCCAAUAGAGAUCACACCAGUUGGUCAAGUUUUGUGACAGGGUUAUAGAGUGUGAGAUAGGAGUGGGGAAUAUAGCCCGUGGGGACAGUCCAUAUUUUAUCCUCACGGGACAUCCCCCACCCCCCGAAGGAUGACUAGAUACUGAAGCUUCAAAUUUUUGUCGCCGCUCUUUGAAAAAUGAAAUCCGACGGGUUCAUUCUUUGCAUGUUGGCACCUUUGAAAAAUUUGUCCGCAGGGUCAAAAUUUUGUGGGCUUCUUUGAAAAAAAAAUCGGACGCCCCCCCCCCCCCGCCUAUUUGAAAACCUGUCAUCCUUAGGGGAGGGGUUUGGAUUAAAAAUGGAAUGUCCCCUGAACAGAAAUGCAAAUGACCCAUAAAAGUUGAGCUUGAACAUAAAACUCUAGCGAGGGUGACAUUCAUUUUCUCAGGCUCCCAUAAGAAAUUUUUUUUGGUGUUUCUACAGAUGAUUUAUUAUAUCUUAAGCCCUUGAAAAAUGUAAGAAAGAAUGCAAUAUGCUUUAACUUAUUCUAGUACAAGAUUUUUGUCCACUGAAAACCAAAAUUACUCAAUGUCCUGGUGGAUUCUGUCUUCAAUAUUUUAAGCCCAUGAAGACAAGGUGAAAAUUUCCUUCCAUUUGCCUUGCAGUAGGGCAAACGGAAGGAAUUCUUUCUUCUAGGAGGGUUGGAAAGGGGAUUUUCUGUGAAACAUGAACGCCUAUUUUUGAUUGCGGUGAAUCGUGUACGAAAGAAUAUAUUUCUCGAUCGUGAUCCAUGAACAAAAGUAAUCCCGUGAUUCGUGAACAGGGUCUAUAAUUUUUCGUGAAAUAUUCAACCUAAACUUUCAAGGAACUUGAUAUAUCAAGGUCAUGUCUAUCAACAAAGGUGAACAAAAUGCCACGCUCAUCCUAGACAUGUCUAGACAUCACAUGAUCAAAUGACUCGUAUGAAUAACUCCUUCAUGGCAUGCAUUUGAUAUCAUAUGAAAUAUAGGGAGCGAAAAUUUAAGCACGGACGUUGAGGAAAGCGUUUUCCAAGUUUCCUUUAUCGGGAAAGCACUGGUCCUUGCAGGCGUUUGUAAGGCAAUUGGUAGAACAUAUAUGCAGGCCUCAGCGAGUGAACAGUGUAUUGUAUAGUCUGUGUCAUUGCCUUUUGAGACCUAUAAAAGUACUGGCAAAGACAUUGUUCUUGCACAUACGCUCUACACUAAAGGAUUGCAAAUAAUGAAGUGUGACCAGUUCUGCUUGUGUACAGAGUACACUGAGAGUAAGGCAUGCAGUUGUGAAUUAUUGUAAAUGUGGUAUUGUAGGGCGUGAAAACAAUAAUAGUUGAUACCUCUGUUUUUUAAUACUAUAUGGACGACAAAUAAAAUCAAAUGCUGGAUUUUGUGUAAUUCGUGAAAAUUCUGAUAUAAUUCCCGUGAACCGUAAAAUUUCGAUUUUAAUUCCAUGAACCGUGCAUGACACCCCCCCCCCCUUCUGAACCUCUUCUAGUGUCAUGUCCCGUGGCAAAGCUUGCCUUACACUUGGUAUCCUUAAGUCCAUUUUACCUCAUUCUUUCUUUUAGAUUUUGUCUUCUGUCAAUUGCAUCGAUUGCCAGAGCAACAUAAUUGUGUUUUUGAUCACAAAGAAAGUGGGCGUCAAGAAGCAAGAAAGAAGAUGGUUAGUCCAGGGCCAAAGAAAGUAGGAAGAUCUUUUCAGAGGAUAGAUGAAUGAAGAACAGAUGACAUUAAUCCUUGUGGUUGAACUCUUAAUAUCUGGUGUACGUUUGAUUUUGAACACCCAAAAAUCGUGGCACAAUAUUUUUUAUUCUUGUGCAUCAGGAGUGAUCACAUUGAUCAAUGCUAGGAGAAUUCUGUUUAUUUUCAUGUACCGGCAGUUUAAUAUGGAAACUUAUUAAGUAAUAAUUUGAUCAAAGGCAACUUCAAAUAAGUAUUUUCUUUCUUUUAAUUAUGUAGUGUUGAAUUUCCUUUUUAAAUUAUUUUAAUAUGCACUUGUUUUUGCUGAGGGUCUGCAGAAUGCUGAUAAGCAUAUCUGUCUCGAAAGAGCAUCUCAACUUGUGGGCUUUGAGAUCAUCAAGACCUUAAGAAACUACAAUGUUGAAGGUAACAGGAAUGUCAAAAUAUCAUAAGCGUAAGAUAGGUUAAAUAGUGAGCAAAAACAAUAAUAGCUUCAAGCAAGCUCUCCCACGAGCUCAUGUGACAGGGGAGAACAAAGAAAGAAAUUCAGUUUCCUAAGACGUGACUGCAAGCUCUGUCUCCUUUUUUCUCCCCUGCCCCCAGACUUGCCCAGAGUCCCCUGGCAGAGAGUUUGUAUACAGGCUAAAGCAACAACUCUGUGAGUGUACAUCACACUUUUCUGUGAAUUCCUUUGCUAUUCCUGUAUGACUAAUUUUAUGAUUUUCUUGAGAAUGUGAAUGACAUUAAUUUAAAUAAAUGAUUAAAUCUAUAUUUUUAGGGUACCUGAUCUU